AAUGGAUUCUCAGAAGCAUUUAAAGAUAUGUGUGGAGAAUGAGGGGCAGUGCAGGAAACUCAGGAUGCUGAUAUGUAUUCAGACCUUGUCUAGACUGCAUCGGGAUAGAAAAUACCCCUCCUCCUUCUCAUCUUCCUCCUCCUUUCUGCGUCAAUGUAUUGGGAUGUCCUUCAUCUAGGGAGGACAAGAGGGAAGCAACGGAGGGAAAUCCCACUUACCGUCUCCAUCCUGGAGGAAAGAAGGCAGGUUUCUAGGUUUCCAUCCAAACAUUUCUAUCUGGAGCUGAAAUAUUUGGUUCCCUGAUGGUCCCCAUCUGCAUUCGAGACCUUCCAGUACGGGUCGAAGCUGAUGAAGACACCAGACAGGAUUCUCGGCUUUCAUUGCCACAACUUAGAUUUCAUUCUCUGAAGCAAAUGAUUGGGAGGCACAAUAAGGUGUAUAAAUAAAUGAUGGGCGAUCUCUGCAGAGUUUAGUCUUUGGCCACCGAAAAGUCCCAACACCGAUAUCCAUUCAGAUACCUUACAGUUUGAACAUCAGAGGAGACAAGAAACAAGCCAAAAGAAGCCUUUUAGUUACCUCAUUGUUAAUACUAAUUUGGCUGGUCUUCCAAGCUGAGAUGGCGGACCAUUACCAGAACAACAUAUACCACCAGGGAGGUGAGGACCGCUAUGGGACUUACGGAGAAGGCGGUGAUCAUGGUGGAUACGGAUACCAGGCAGAUUAUCCUCCUCAGGAAGAGGAUGCAGCGAGCGACGUGACUGAAGGACAUGAUGAAGAAGAUCAGAUGUAUGAAGGAGAAUACCAGGGGAUCCCACAUCCUGACGAGGAGAAGGCUGCACAGAGAGCCGCACGAGCAAAGUCUAGAGAAGGUGGCAGUGCAGCUUCUGAGUUGGAGGAGUUAUCAGAGCAGUAUGAGGACAUCAUGGAGGACUGUGGCCACGGGAAGUUCCAGUGGACACUCUUCAUUGUGCUGGGUUUGGCUCUGAUGGCUGAUGGAGUCGAAUGCUACGUGGUUGCGUUCGCUCUGCCUUCGGCAGAAAAGGAUCUUUGUCUCUCCAAUGCAGAGAAAGGAAUGCUGGGUCUGGUGGUCUUCCUGAGCAUGAUGGUCGGAGCGUUCCUGUGGGGCGGUCUGGCAGAUAAAACUGGUCGUCGGCGCUGUUUGAUCUUGGCAUUGGCCAUAAACUGCAUCUUUGCCUUCCUGUCAUCGUUCGCUCAGGGCUACGGCUUCUUCCUGUUCUUCAGGCUGUUGUCUGGCAUUGGUAUCGGUGGCACGGUGCCCAUCGUCUACUCGUACUUCUCUGAGUUCCUGCAGAUGGAUAAGAGAGGGGAGCAUCUGUCCUGGCUGUGCAUGUUCUGGAUGAUCGGUGGGAUUUACGCCUCGUUCACUGCAUGGGGAAUUAUCCCCAGAUACGGUUGGGGUUUCAGUAUGGGCACAGAGAUCCAGUUCCACAGCUGGCGGGUUUUUGUCCUUGUCGCAGCUCUUCCAGCCAUCGCCUCCCUGGUUGGACUCACCUUUAUGCCUGAGAGUCCCCGCUUCCUGCUGGAGCAUGCCAAACACGACGAGGCGUGGAUGAUCCUGAAGCAGGUCCACGACACCAACUGGAGAGCCAAAGGACAGCCGGAGAAAGUCUUCACUGUGACUCACAUUAAGGCGCCGAAGACGGCCGAGGACGAGUUUAUUGAAAUUCAGAGCGCCACGGGAACGCCAGUGCAGCGAUGGGCCGUACGCUCGCUCACACUCUGUAAACUGGUGCUGAGAAACAUAGCAUCCCUACUGUCUGCAGAGCUGAGGUUUGCCACACUCUUCAUGGCCGUCAUCUGGUUCUGCAUGGCCUUCAGUUACUAUGGUCUGUCUGUGUGGUUCCCCGACAUGAUCAAACACCUGCAGUACGAGGAGUACAAGGCCAAGGUGAAGACAUUCCACAGAGAACGAGUGGAGAACUUCCAUUUCAACUUUUCCUUGGAGAACCAGAUCCAUAAAGAGGGAGAAUACAUUCGGGAUAGGUUCAUCGACAUAGAGAUGAAAUCAGUGAGAUUUGAGGACUCCCUGUUUGAAGAAUGCCACUUUGAGGACAUCUGGUCCACAGACACGGUGUUCAAGAACUGCACCAUCCGCUCCACGCUCUUCUACAACACAGACCUGUGGGAGGAGAAGUUCAUUGACUGCAGGAUGGAGAACACCACUUUUGAGCACAACAAACAAGGCUGCCACCUGGACAUGGUGGAGGAGAACGAUGUGUUAAUCUACCUGGUCAGCUUCCUGGGCAGCCUGGCCGUGCUACCAGGCAACAUCAUCUCAGCGCUGUUCGUGGAGAAGAUCGGCAGGGUCAAGAUCAUAGGUGGCUCCAUGCUCAUUUCUGCUUGCUGCUCCUUCUUCCUGUUCCUGAGCUUCAGCCAAUCAGCGAUCAUUGCUCUGCAGUGUAUGUUCUGUGCUGUCAGCGCCGCUGCGUGGAACGGUAUCGAGGUGGUGACCGUUGAGCUCUACCCCACUUCUAAAAGGGCGACUGCGUUCGGCGUCCUGAACGCUCUGUGUAAGCUGGCGGCCAUCCUCGGUAGCUCCAUCUUCGCCAGCUUUGUAGGGAUCACCAAAGCCAUCCCCAUACUUCUGUCCUUCACGGCUCUGGUGUGCGGUGGCCUCGUGGCCCUCAGACUGCCCGACACGCGGCAGAAAAUCUUGCAGUGAUUUGCCGAAGUGUCCGGGGGCGGAGGGGCUGAAACACAUCUGCUUCAUGUCAGAAGCUUAUGUUGCUCUCUGCAGAAGGCAAGAACAGAAACACCUCAGCUGUUCAAGUCAAAUGCCAAGCACUUGUUUCUUCAUGUGACCCAUUGUCAUCUGUACAGGGGUGAAUAGGGGGGAGAUUUUCUCAGCUCGGUCACACCAGAAACCCACUGAAGUGGUGGACCUACUGAUGACUGAUCACUCGAUCCAUCCUCUGCAUCUGUCAGCAGCAGCUCCAUGCAUGAGGAGGAACUUUGCCUUCCAGCUGUUUUAGAAAAUUGUCUAUAUGUUGAUGCUGUGAACAAUGCAAGUUUAAGUUUUCAACCCCUAAGGUUAAAACGUAGAAGUUAAAACCUGAUUUACCCUAAAAUCUGCCAAGAAUAAGCGUUUGUGUGCUGAGACGUGACUUAAAGACUGUUGAAACACCUUGAAAAAGAUCUGAAAUCACUUCUCAACUGGGUUCACACUGUGUGAUUAUCUUUAAUCAUUGAAGAAAAUCUUUGGUUAUGAGGUUGCACCGACUACUGAUUUGGCUCUAUCAUCAGCAAAAAAAACCUUAGAAAAAAAUCAAGCAGUGACAGAAACGUUCAAGGAAAAAUGCAGAGUGACUGAUUUUUGUCUUCUUUCCUCAUUUCUGUGUCUGACUUAAAGUGCAAUAAAACCCGUAACUUGCUGUCUACGCAGUUGGACUGAUAUAUCAGUCAGACCUUCCCGAUGCAAUUAAGCUGCAGCAGCAAAUCAUGCAGUCAGCCAUCUUUCAUCAUGUGGUGUGAAGUAAGUUUCUAUCAAGGUUUUAUGCCGUCCAUCUUGCACAGUUUCAAAUGUUAAAGUCCCAAACCAGUUUUUGAAACAGCAUAGUUUUUGGGGAUGUUCAAUGAGCUGCUAAAGAAAAGACAGAGAUGUCCUCAAUGAAAACAGUUUUCAUUAAAAAAUUUCACAAAUGUAAUUAUUGGCACAACCUCAGAUCAACAUGAGGGAAACUGAAGGAAUCAAGAGCUAAAUCCAUCUUAGCCUAUCAGUCUUUUGUUGCAGCUUCUGUGAGUUUUCUGAUUGCUUAAAUUCUCUGGGGGAUUCACCGCUAAAAAAAACAACUUAAUUAGUCAAUUUACAAUAUUAUCAUUUAACAGCUGAAGCUCAGCUCUGGGGGAUGUGGACUUUUUCUACUCCAGUUUUUCCAGUUUCGUCUAUAAGCUUCCAGUCGGGUUGAGACCCGGGCUGUUUACAUGUCACUGAGUUGGUCUUUGUUUCCAUUAUCACUAACAUUGUUGCUGUUUUUCUUUACUCCUUCAUCAUUAUAUCUUUCAUUGGGAUUGUCACAAAUAUUUCGGAAUUUCUAGGAUUCAUCUAUGACUCCCACUGUCCUCCAGUAAUCCACAGUCUAUAACAUCUUCUCCAUAGUGCACUGGAACCUAGUUUUCUUCUGUUUAGGCAUCAAUGAUGGUUCUAUUUGGCUUUUCUGGACCAAAAUAUAUUUUCCUUCUGCCCGUUUCUUAAAAAAAUCCCUUCAAGACAUUGAUUCCUGUUUCUGCCAUUUUGUCUAUCCUUUCUUUUGCUAUGCAUUUUCUAUUGCUUAGAUUUUCUGUUUAUUGUCAGUUUUCUGACAAUCUACUGCAACAGCUUGUUGAGGUCUGCAACCUCUCUAACUGUUGACUUUAAUGCAGUUUCAGAAAUUCGAAUUAAAGACUGACUAGUAGGGAUGGACGGUGCAGACUUUAAAUUUUGUCACAACAUUUUGUGCUAUUUAAUCAACCAAAGUGAUUGAAAGAAAAGUAUUAAACAGUAAUGCAUUUUUUUAGUAACUCCUGUCCCUGUAGAAACACAAAUGCUGCUUAAAGAGGGUUUCGCAGUCCAUCACUUACAUGAAGUAGUGCAUUUCUGUCAUUAAAAAGUACACAAUAAUUACAGAAAGUCAUAUUUUUAAAUAUAUUGAUAUUUAUUAAUGCUCUUAAGGAAAAAGCAGUCCAAAGCAAAUUGUUCAACAGCAGAAGAAACAAUCAAAAUUGUCGGUUUGUUGGAUUUGCAAACAUCAUUACUUAUAAUUUCUUAUUAUCCUGAUAAAUCAUAAUUCCUGUUACAAUAAUUUCCCCCAGUAUCAAUAAACAACAGAUAAUUACCCGUCCCUGCUGAUGAUGUUAUGUUUUUCUGUCUGGUAUGAAUUACAGCAAUGUCUACAAAAUCUUUUCUAAGUAUGUUUUGCCAAUCGGAAUAUUCAUCUGGUAAAUAAAAAGCUUGGUAUUAAUUUAUUUUGGCCUUAAAGUAAAACAUCUGACUGAACAUCUUCCAGGAGUGAUUCCAGAUUUUUUUUCUCCAGAGCAACAGUUUUACAUGUUAGGUGGAUGAAAUUAAAAUCAAGGCUCAUUUGUCCCCAACCAGCGAGCAGCAUUUUGGGGUGACUGAUAUUUCCUGGGUUUUGGCGGUUUUUUAAAGUUUUAGGUUAACAUACUCUAAAACUUUAAUGCUAAUUUCUAAGUAAAGUGUUAAAAUCCAAAUGCAGCCUUUGCUGUUGGAGCCUGACUCAGCGGCAGUUAAAUGUCCAGCUGUCUGCACCUCAUAGGAGUGUGUUUGAAAUAAUUUCGCCUCAAAUUGGACUCACUCUUUGUUUGCUCGGCUGUUUCAUCCCACCAGCUGAUUUUACCUCUCAUUCCAUGAAACUAACAGAAGCUUCUUGUCAGCAGAAUAACUGAACAGCUGUUUAUCCGUGUGUGUUUCUUCCUGUCCUGUGUGUCCUGCAUGAGAACCACCAUCUGAGCAUGCUGGAGCUUCUCAGAAAGACCUGUGAGUAACUUUCUGUGUGCUCGGAGAUCACGGAGCAGAACCUGCUCACAGUUUUUUUUUGUGUUUACCCUCCUGCUGGUUUUUUCUCACAUUUUCACUUUCAGCCUAUUAUGUUUUUGGUUUCAAUCUGAAUGCGAUUACAGCACCAUCUAGUGGAGGAAAUAGAUAGUGCGCAUCCGAGACUGGGGGAUUUUUUUUUCUGAUUUUCUCUGAAUGGAAAAUUGAAGCGGGGUCCAACAGAAACCAGGACACAAGAAGAAAUGAUAAAAUCCCCGCUAUGGGCACCUUUGCCAUCAAUUUACUUCAGCUUGUUACUUGUUUUUGAGUGUUUUUUGUUAGCCUCUCUGAUCUACGAGCGAUUCACUGUUGAGCACCGGGCAUGCGUUUGUUGUUUUCUUUAUGUUGUUUAGUUUGAUUUUUGGUCUGGUUCUGGUUGUGUAGGUGGCUGCAUGUCUGUCUGGUGUUUUCUCUUGGCUCUGUGUUUUCACCAUAAUGUAUAAAUGUCUGAGUCUGAACUGUGUUUUUACUCAAUAAAAAGGAGAGAUGAACACUGGAACACAGA